AUGCUUACAGAGCCGGACAAGAGGUUUUUAACAUUUUUUUCCACCACUAUCGUUGCUCCACGGCCAUGCCACAAUGCUGAUGAUCCAUGUGCUGUGUUGUUGCUGAGCCUGCUGGUGGAGCCCGUUAGUCCCCGCGGGGCCCGCUGCGCACAGGGCCAGGCCUGCGACCGGCCGCGGAGGGACGCCGGGGGCCGCGGAGGAGUCUAUGAACACCUCGGAGGAGCACCGAGACGAAGGAAACUCUACUGCGCUACCAAAUACCAUCUACAGAUUCAUCCUAACGGGAAGAUAGAUGGAUCACUGGAGGAGAACGACCCGUUCAGCAUCAUGGAGAUCACGGCGGUGGACGUGGGUGUCGUGGCCAUAAAAGGGCUUUUCUCCGGCAGAUAUCUGGCCAUGAACGAUAAAGGACGGCUGUAUGCCUCGGAAGUGUUCAACAAAGAGUGUGAAUUUGUGGAGCGGAUCCACGAGUUGGGGUACAACACCUACGCGUCCCGCCACCAUUCCACUGAGCAGGCGCUGCCGGGUGGGGGCAGCGGCAGCAAGCGGCGGGCCAGCGCUAAGCGCCAGUGGUACGUUUCCAUUAACGGCAAAGGCCGGCCACGGCGAGGCUUUAAAACCCGGAGCACGGACAAAGCCUCGCUGUUCCUGCCUCGGGUGCUGGGCAACAAGGACCACGAGAUGGUGAGGCGGCUGAGAGACAGUCAGAGCGCACAGCAACACCACCACCACACGCAUCACCACAGUGGCCGAGGCGACCGCCGUAGACGGCGACAUCGCGCCAGGAAAGGCCAGGGCAGACGGUCAGAUGACUGAGCAGACUUUUUAGAUGGGAGCUGACCCCACGGCACCUCUGACUCGUCCAAACAUGCACCCCCGGAUCUCGGCACAUGCUGCAGCCUGAUUGCAGCGGAGGAUGUUGGGAGAACGGCUCGGAUUCUGCGCUCUGGAUUAGCACCAGUUUGUUGUUGUUGUUGAUGCACAGAAAACGAACUAUAGAAGAAGGAAAGACAGAGCGUUGGGGCACAUAUAUCAAUCUUCCACUUCAAGAGACUUUGACACACACAGCUGUGUAAUUUUCUAUUUACUGACGUCCGACUUUUUUUAAAUGCUACUGUUGUGUAAACAAAUGUAUUAAUAUAGUUAAAAACUUCCAUCGUACUUUGUAAAAAGUUCUACUUUUGUACAAGAAACGAUUUCACCAUCAAUUUCACACUGAGAAAAAAAGCUUUUAAAAGUGCUUCUAUUAUUGUAAAUACAGUAUGCACUAUGCAUGUACAGUGACUUUAUAGCUUUUCAUUUCACAAACAGUAUAUUAUACAAUAUUUUGGUCAUUUGAAGUGCUAACAAAUAUGAUGAAUACCGAAGAGAGGAUUUUUAUUCAGCAAAGCACUUUUAAUAUCAGAUUCACAUUAAGAGGCAAAGGGAGCUCGGUGUGAGACGGACGUGGUCGGCUGUAUUUUUACGUUACAAUGUGAUAGUCUACUGUCUGUAAACUGAAAGAUGUACUUUGUAUAUUUUUUACUAAUGACAUGAAUAUUUAUUUGGUGCCUGUGUUGUAAGUUAUUGAUAAUACUAUCUCUGCAUUUUUACCAGUGUUGCUGUUUGUUUCAUAGUUUUUUCUCUCACCUCCCUGGUUCCAAUAUAAAACACAAUGGUACUGACCCGAGGAAACAACUGUUCUUUGAUUUUGUUCAAACAAGUUUUCGCAGCCAAAGUUUGUCUUCACAGACGUGGAAUAAUAUCCUAUCCUCUGUGUUCUUGUGGUUUAGUAGAGAUCAGCCGUGGACACGAUGCAGCUGAACCCGUGUAUGUGUGUUUUCUUUCACAAUGAUCGAUCUCAUCGU